AUGAAGAUCACUCGCUCUUCUUCUUCCGUUCUCUAUCAUCCCAUCAGAUCUUCAUCGUCCUUAUUUCUUCACUGUCUUUGAUACAGUCAAGUCAUAGUCUCUUCACCUCUCUCUGUCCAAGAUCAACACCAAGUCAAGUCUUUUCCCAGACAGUUCAACAUGGCGACAUCAACCUUUCCCCAGCCGCCAGUCCCCCACAGUGACUUGGUCAAGCAUAUCGCCAACCACCCAGAGACCCCCAUGGUCGAACUCCUCCAGCCUUACCGUGAAUAUGAGGCUCGUCUUCGUCAGGCCUACGCUCAAGAGCCGGACUCCGAGCUGCUCAAGGACCCCUACGUCAACGUCCUGCCUCUCUUCACAGACAACACCUCCGACAUCAAGAUCCGGGCCCGCAACAUUGAGACGGAGUCCGAAGAGGAGAGGGCGCGAUACAUCAUGCCCCUUCCCAAAAACAUGCGUCGUCCAGACCAGUCUCCCGCUGUCGUUCAGUCCCACAAGGAGUUCCAGAGAAACUUCAACAUCUUCUCCGAGUCUUCUCUUGUCGAGUUGAACUGGGACAAUGUCGUUGCGGCCGGCUCCUCCGUUGUCAACUGCAUCUUGCCUGUUCCCAAGAAGUACAGCGGCUCCAAGAGGCUGAUGCGCGAGUUCUAUCAUGAGAAGUUCUCUCCUGCUUCUGAUGUCGAUCUGUUCUUGUAUGGUCUUACCGAGGAGCAGGCGAUUGAGAAGAUCAAGGAGAUUGAGAGCCAGGUGAGGGAUGCGCUGCUUUGCGAGACUACGACGGUCAGGACCAAGCAUGCUGUUACUAUCUGUAGCCAGUACCCCACCAGACACAUUCAGAUCGUUCUUCGCAUCUACAAGUCGGUGUCCGAAAUUCUUACCGGCUUCGACAUCGACUGCUCCGGCGCUGCGUAUGAUGGCAAGCAAGUCUAUUGCACCCCUCGCGCUCUGCAGUCCUACAUGACUCAGACCAACCACAUCGACCUCACUCGCCGUAGCCCCUCCUACGAGAACCGUCUUUCCAAAUACAGCCGCAGAGGGUUCGAGGUUUACUGGCCUGAGCUCGACCGUUCUCGCAUCGACCCUACAAUCUUCGAGCGGAGUUUUAUGAGAACUCUUGGUCUCGCAAGACUUCUCGUGCUGGAGAGACUGCCAACUGCCAAGGCUAGAGACAACUAUGUCGACCAGCGUCGCCAGGAAAGAGGUCGCCCUGCUCUUAACCGAUUCAUGCGCAAGAACUUCCGGGCCAUGGGUGGAAACAUCAAGGACGACUAUGACGACGAGAUCGCGGAUUGGGUCAACGAGGAGGAAGUGUCCAACUACCACACAUUUACCAUCCCCUAUGGUCCCAAGUUCCACGCCAAGAAGAUCGAGAAGCUUUGCUACACCAGGGAUCUCUUGCUCAAUGCCGAGUGGAACCAGCGCGAUGAUCGGACCGUGUACUUGCACCGCCAUCCUGCCUUUUUUGGCCGCUUCAAGGACGUUGUUGAAGACUGCUGCGGACACUGCCCGGUUCCCCAGACCGAUGAAGAGAAAGAUAUCGCCGAAGAGGAGGCUAAGAUCUACGUCUCUGGCAGAAUCUCCUUCAUCAAGGACGACCCCGGAAGACAGCAGAUUGGCUCCUUCAAUCCUUUGACGGAUGACGACUGGACUGAAAUGGCCUAUAUCGGCAACACUGCCAGGCUGUGCCAGGCCAUUGUCGAUGAGGACGUUGAGCACGUCCAAGACUGGCUUGCUCAGGAGGGCGCCGAUCCCAACACUAGGGAUCACACUGGCAGGACUCCCCUUCACCUUGCUGUCAUGUCCUCUUCGCCAGAAGUGGUUCGUGCCCUCGUUGAGGCCGGUGCCCGCCUUACUGCGCGUCUCGCGGACGGAAGAACCGCACUCCACCUCGCCGCUUCUCGUGGAGAUGUGGAGAUUAUCAAGAUCCUCAUGAACAAGAGCAACACCAACGAGGAAGAGUUUGAGGAACUGGAAGAUCAACGUCGCAAGGCCAGGGCUGCACUUCGAGAGCAAAAGACGGAGAAGAUGGAUGUCGACGAUGAGAAGGAGGACGACUCGGAAGACAUCGAAAUGAUCGAAGCUGACGAUACCGAGUCUGAUGCCGGUGGCGAUAAGAUGAGCAUCGCGACAGGCUCGUUUGUCAAGGUCGACAAGACUCCUGAGACACCAGCACCUGAUGGCACACUCCCAGCCGAAAAUGAGGAAGGCCCCGACUUCUACGAAGUGAAUCAAGUUGCAUGGGAUAUUCCGUGCUCGGCAUUGCACUUUGCCAUUCUGGAGGGACACGAUGAAGUUGUCAAGCUUUUGUGCCAAGAAUACGGAGCCGAUGUCUUAUUGCCCGUCAAGUUCCUUCAGGAUAAAAAUAAGGCCCUCUUGACGCUUGUUCUUGUCAUGGCCCUUCCCAUCGAAAAGGCAAAGUCCAUGGCUCAGACGCUUCUCAGCCUUGGUGCCACGGUUGCCCAGGCGGACCUGAACAGUUGCACUGUGUUCGCCCACUACGUGGAGCGGAAUGCCAGGACGCUCCUGGACCUGGCCAAUGAGCUCGACAAGGCAGGCUACAAGACGGCAAUCAACCACGUCUUGUGCGAGCAAUGGUCCCGAAGCGAUACACCAUUGCUAACCGCAAUCAGGGAUGGCAACCUGGGCAUGGUUGUGAAGCUCCUUGAGACGGGCGCUGUGCCGGAGAUUGACUUUGAGACCUGGCUCAAGAGCGCCAGACAAUCGGCCAUGGAGAGCCGACUCAGCGACUUUGAGAGCAACAAGGAAUUGUUUCGAGAAAAUCUUGAUCGCCCACUGAUUGCUGCCUUACAGUCCAAGGAGCCUAGCGUUGCGCUUGAACUUUUGGAACGGGGGUGCGACCCGAAUACUCUCCACCCUGAUUCAGCACGGGCAUUGCACAACACUUACAGCUCUCGAUGGAAGGGGAAAACUGCCCUUGACAUGGUGCGGUCGCAGCUAAAGGCCCUUCGAAAAUACAAAGGAGAAACUACAAAACUCGAGGAGCCCAAGCCGCGCCUAGGACUGGACACCUAUCUUCAACGAUUCAAGGAAGGCACUUACCAACACUGGGCGGUAUCCGGCGGAGUCAAGCUUGAGAAAAUUGGGGAGCAGACGGAGUGGAAGGAGUAUGAGAAAGGUCUCAAAUGUCUUGCCAGCACGAAGGGCAUUUCUGAGAAGGAGCAGGCUAUCCGGGACGCCAUUGCGACGCUGGAGAAAAUCGAACAGAGCAUCAUCUCCAAGGGUGGCAAGACAUUCAAAGAGCUCUAUCCAGACCGCAAGGAGGACGGUAAUGAUGACUCCAGCAGCAGUCGUCAUGGGUACUAUCUCGGUUAUACUUCUGACAGAGCCUCCUCCACAAAAGAGCCAUAUCAGUAUAACUUCGUGUUCACCGGUGUUCAGGACAUGACUGAGACAAAGCAGGCUGCUUAUGUGGAGCUUUUUGAGGCCGUGUGGAAUGGUGAUCUCGACAAGGUCAAGAAGUUCACCCUAACCUCUUGGGACGACGCCAAGCAGCAGCCGCCACUUAAGAUUGCUGUCGAGGGUCAUAACGGACACAAUCCCUUCACUCUGGCAUUGCAGCGUGGUCACUACGACCUCGCCAAGGCGGUGCUCGAGAUUGCCCAGGCGCAAUAUUCGCCUCCGGAGAAGGCCAAGACCCGUUACACGAUGAACAAGAGCGGCGAGGUCGACGAGGAAGAUGAUGAUGACAGUUCCUCGGACGAGUCUGCACCCAGAAUUGUGGGCGAGACUGUCGAUGAUCAGUUUACCAUUGACACCAUCGGUCAGGUGUCCAUGCAGGUGAAGAGUCACACCUUACCAGUGAAUCUGCUCAAGGGCAGGACGGCCACCAGCGUUUGGGGCGGCGGCAGAUGGGGCAAUCGCCAGGUUCUCAUUAACGGCGAGGACACGUGGGAUCCGCUGACGUAUGCCGUCACGAACAACGACUUGAAGCUCCUUAAGUUUGUGCUCGAUAUGGGCGAGCACUUUGGAUCCCUGCAGCUUGACCCGGCCACAGAGCCUCCCAAGUUCUUCUCGGUGCCGGAUGGAGUCUUUGCCUACGCCAUUGGGGAGGGACGCAUUGAGGUCAUGGCUGAGCUGAUUAGACGUACUGGUGCGGGCUUGCCGUUGGAGCACCUGGUGGAAGGAUCCGGUCUUGAGCUUAAGGAGCAGCCGCGCUACUACCAGGGCUUGUCGGUGUAUGGAAAGAAGAGAAAGGAUUGGGCGAACGCCGGCCGGGAAGUGGCUCAACAACCACGCGACGAGAAUUCCACGACGUCGCCUUUGCUGAGAGCUGCAGAAGAUCGCUGCAUUGAGAGUAUCCAGUGGUUCCUGAGCGAUGCUCCGUUGAGACAUUACCUCGAGUUUGCCAAGUCCAAGGCUGCUCGGGAAGACCCUAGGAUGCAACACUUGGGACGGGCCCCCGGAGGUGUGGAGGGUGCGAUCGCUAGAUGGCUUGAUGACCAGGGCGAGUUGAUCAUCCACGUCGUCAUUGUCAAGUCUGGCCAACUUGACGUUAGUGAUCUGGUCUCGUAUCUCAUCAAGGCUUGCCCCGAAGCCUUGGAGGCCAAGUCACACAACAACUUGACGCCGCUGAUGCAGGCCGUUUACAUGGGUCGUAUCGAACUCGUUAAGAUCUUGCUGGAAGCCGGUGCAGACCCGAACGUCAAGACUAGCGCGUGGAACAAUAUCCUGCACGCCGCAUUGCUCCAUACGCCACCAGUUGACAAGCUUAAGGAACUGCUAAGCCUCUUCGACCGCGAGGCCGUCAUCCGCAUGAUCACUGAGCGUUCCAGCCUGGCCAUUGAUGGCCGCACCCCACUCCACCAAUGGCUCAACUCCAUCGGGGGGAACGAAGACCACGACAAGUCCAUCGCCGUCUUCAACCUCCUCGUUGAGAUGUCGUCUGAGGCGGUGACCACCGCGCUCAACAUGCUCAACGCUUCCGGCGACACCCCUCUGCACGACAUGCUAAAAUCAAACCACCACACCUCCAAGCUGAUCCGAGCCGUGCUGGACUUCCAACCCAGCCUGCUCUUCCGCGAGAACGCCGUGGGCCGGACCCCCGUCGAAGUGGUCCACGACGAGCUCAUUUCCAGCCGGGUAACGUCGGACGGCGGACAGCAGAGGCAUCACCGGUUAUACCGGUAUGGAAACGACGGCUAUCGCUACUUGCUGGCAGAGAAGCCGCACGUGUUUCUCAGCAACAACAAAUCUGAUCAAGAAAAGUGGAGCCGCGAGCAUGAUUGGCAUCAUGGUAACGACCACAACACCCGAAGGUGGGCUUUAUGCCAGGAGUAUCUGGCCAAACUGUCCAGCACUCCUCCGCCAUCUCGUUCCGCUUCGCCUCCCACCGAAGGCCAAACCCAAGCUCAUGCCCGGGACCAGUCCCCUCCCAAACGCCGCAAGCUCACCACGGAAACCGAAGGCCGUCUCAACGCGCACAUCAUCGCCACCAACAAGCUGAAAGAGAAGCGCACGCUCGUCUCCCUCCCCGAAGCCAACGACGUAGCCAAGCGUCUGGGCGAAAUGAAGAUGGGAUCCAAGUACAAUUACCAACUUGCCCCCGAAGAGGAAGAUCAAGAAGAAGAGGUGAAACGGUUCGCGGACGACGAGACCCCCUUCGCUUCCAAGCCCGACCGUCGCACGUGGGGCGACGGUGUCCGUUUUGGAAAGUGGAGGAAGGGAAGGGGAGAGAAGGAGACGCCGAGGAAGAGUUAUUAUGCACUGGGGAAUUCGGCCUGGAAGGAUGUGAGGAAGAGUGGGGAGAAGGCUGAGGAGAAGGAGGAAUGGGGAAAGUGUAUGUAUUGCCAGCAGUACCAUACGAUGUCUGGGGAGCAGUAUGAUCGGUACAACUGAGGAGGGGAUGAGAAGGGUCGGGAUUGGGAUGAUGUUGGAUGGUUGGUGCUUUUACAGGCUGCGGGCGGGCAAGAUUGAGUUACAUGUGUGAAGUUGAAUGGUCAUGGUAGACGAGCUGAUGUUGGGAAAUUUCGUUGCUUUUUGUCUGAUUUUCCUUUGAUGAUUUACUGUAACCUGUUAGAGUAAUUUGCGAGUUGAUAUUUAUAGAGUUCAAGCUAGUUGGCGAUGUUCAAUCAAUUCACUCUCUUCAAGUGAUG